UACCUAUUUCACUAGAUCAAAAAUGUUGUUUUUGAUACUAAAGGAAAAAAAAUGCCGAUAUACCAUAAUUUUCAAUCUCAAAUAGUUUCUAUCUUUACUAAAUCUAGUCUUUAGAAUCUAAUCUAGAAGAGAACUCUAGAUCUAAUUAAUUCAGAGACUCAAUACCAUAUUCAUAUUCAUUGAUACGAUUUAAUUUAAUCAUGGAUUUGUAAAUACUAGAUUCUAGAUUCUAACUCACUACUCAGUAACUUGAGUAACUGUGUGUGUUAAUGUUUGAGGUUUGCAUUGAUGAUUGAAAAUGACAGAAUGACCAGGAAAGAGUCUAUUGUAGGCUCUUUGCAAAUGGUAUUUGAGGAAAACAUGUUGUGAUGUGUUGCAAGUUGAGCAAUGCGUAAACUUAUCAAAAGACGAUUUCCACUUACCCAGGCCAUUUUCUUAGUGGGUCUUGCAGUUUUGAUUUUGAAUUUUAUGUACUACCGAUCUAUAGCCAGAAAGGACUUGUUGUUGACUUUAGAAGAAAAACAAAGCGUGCUGGAAAAGAAACUGUUGAGUCUGGAGAGUUUAGUGAAGCACCAACGGGAGUCUGACAGAGAUCUUUUACACAGGCUGCGACUUGCAAAUCCUCUGACUUAUCUCCCUAAAGGAAACAAAGACAGUUAUCUGCCCAUUUUAGUGUUGGCCUGCAACAGAGUGUCUGUCAAUAUAGCUUUGGAUAAACUCUUACAAUACCGACCUUCAGCUGAGAAAUUCCCCAUAAUUGUAAGCCAAGACUGUGGUCAUCAAGAAACUGCUGAUGUCAUCAAGAAAUACAUUCAUCUGCAUAACAUUACAUUUAUCAAACAACCAGACCUAAGUGACAUUGCGGUACCUGCUGUUCACUCCAAGCUAGUCAACUACUAUAAAGUAUCCAGGCAUUACAAGUGGGCUCUGGAACAAGUAUUUAUGGUCUUCAAUUUCUCUGCAGUUGUCAUUGUUGAAGAUGACAUUGAGGUGGCUCCUGAUUUCUAUGAAUACUUUUCCACUCUGCGUCCGCUGCUACACAAUGACUCUAACCUCUGGUGUGUGUCAGCCUGGAAUGAUAAUGGCAUGAAUGAGAAAGUGUCGGAUGAAGCAGCCUUACUGUAUCGCACAGACUUCUUUCCUGGUCUGGGUUGGAUGCUGGAGAGAGACUUAUGGUUGGAGCUGAGGUCUACCUGGCCCAUAACAUUUUGGGAUGAUUGGAUGAGGCACCCAGAUCAAAGAAAAGGUAGACAAUGCUUGCGACCUGAAAUCAGUCGGACUAAAACAUUUGGUGCUAAAGGAGUUAGCAAUGGGGCAUUCUAUGAUAAGUACCUGCAACACAUUAAACUUAACACUGAAUUUGUACCCUUCUCAAAACUGGACCUAUCGUACUUAAACAAGGAUGUUUACAACACAUCCUAUACACAGAAAGUGUACAGCUUGCCACUGCUAAGUGCAGCUGAUAUUGCCAGCAAUCAAAGACCAGAGGAGAAAGCUGUGAGGGUGGAGUACAAGGACAAGCCUGGUUUUGUCAGCAUAGCCAAACAGUUUGGAAUCAUGGAGGACUUUAAGUCUGGUGUGCCAAGAAUGGGCUACAAUGGAAUUGUAAGUUUUGUGGCUAAUGCCAGAAGAGUGUAUCUUGCUCCUGAGUCACCUUGGAAAGGUUACAACAUUAGCUGGAACUAGUGUUUGGAGCUGUGGUCCAGAUGUAUACAGUACAUGUGUCUAGUUUCCUAUUGGCUGAUGGAUGUGGUAGGCCUAAUGUUUUUCAUGUUACUGUUAUAUUACCAAAGUGCUCAUUAUGAUCACAUGAAGGCAUAAUAUUCUUUCAUAGACAACCAUAAUAAAAACAAACACUUCAACAAUAACAGUUCUAAUUGCUCUCUAUAAAAUGAUAAUCAUAGCACAAAGCUUCAAAAAAUACAAAGCCCAGUGAUACCAGUAAACUUCAUCUUAAGACUACAUACUAUCACCUUUUACAAAUAGCCCAAUGUCAUUGCUCGCCUACAUUAAUUAUCAUUCUUUCGAUAAAUUUAAUAUCACAUUAGUUAUUUAAAAAUGAAAGGUUAAUGUUAUGUCUCUUCAUUAUCAGACCAAAUAAAGUUAUUACCGAUGUUAAGGUUAAUUAUUUAUUUCAAACUAAUCUUGUCUGUUUGUGUGAAUGCCAAUGUGUUCACACAGCAGGUUUGAGCUCAAAAGACUGGACUUGGAAUCGUUUGCAAAUCUUUGUUGCUCUUUUGAAAAUGUUUGUGAUAGUAAAAGUUUCUUUCUUGGCCUCCAUGUCAAUGUAUUCUGCUCAAAUGUCUACAAAAUGUAAUGUGCCAUUAAAAUAAAAAAAUUCAAAAGAGCUAACUGUGAUGUAUCAUGUCAAUGAUAAGAUGUUGAAAUUUGUUCAUAUUUAUUGAGAUGUCAGUUAACAAUCAUAUUCAAUUAUUAUAGAAGACUGAACAAAAACAGUUGAACAAUUGUAGAAACUUGUUGGUUUUUUUCUUACUUAGUUGCAAAUUUGGUCUUUCUCUGCUAUCAUGUUAGAUUCUACAUAUAAUCUACCUUAACCAUUAUAUAUUCCUGCUGAAGAAAAUGUCUUUGUUCUAUUUUAAUGUAAAACUUUCAUGUACUGUACUGUCCAUGUGAAGACUAGUUCACUUUCUGCUGAGCUUUAUACUUUGUGAUAGUUCAUUUUAAUUCAUGUCAAUCUUUUACAAAAAAAGUCUUGGAUGCAUUUUGCCUGAAUGAUAUGUAAAAAUAUUUCAUAAAACACAAAUAUUUCAUAAAUAUUAAUGUAGCUUUGUGUCAUGAAGCAGAUGGUAGUCAGACUGUCACAUGCAGUCUUAGUAGAAUAUAAUUCAAGUCUAACUUCGCAAGUUUUAACAUCUUGAUAUUUAAUGUAUUUAUUUUUAUGAUAAUGACAAUAUGUUGCUUUGUUGUGAUCUAAAACCUUAACUAAAUACUUAAGUUUUAGCAACUUUAAGAGAAUUCAUUUUUAACAAAUAUUUUUUUUUUAUAGAGGGGACCAUUUCAACAUUUCUAUUGCAUUUUGUUGUUCUUUUGGGGGGAAACAAUCUGAAGUUUGUAAAUUCACAUGUUGACAUGGAGAGACAUUCAGCCCCUUUGGCAGAAAAUGAAAAUAUGUAUAUAUAUAUAUAUACAUAUAUAUAUACAUAAUAUAAUAUAUUAUACAUAUAUAUUUGAUAUAUUGUCUAAUGCUUUAGCAAAGAAAGAAAAGAUCAAACCAAUUUAUGAAAAGUAUUUCUUUAUCUCUCACUUAAGCAAUUUAUCUAAUGUGAUCAAAACUGGCAAUUUAUUUUUUCUGACUUUGCAUUUUCGUUUAAAAAGGUAGUUCCAGUAUCCAACCUCAAUAGGUCUAUAUUUAUCUCCAGCAUAAACCACACUGUAGACUUUUACCAAUGUUCCGUUUUGCUAAAACCUGUAGUUGCUAUGAAAGUCUUAACAUACUUUACAUUUGAUACAAUCUGUUGAAUAAUGAAACACCAUCUCUGAAUUGGUAUUGCUUAAUGUUAGAUAAUCCAGGGGCAUAAAUCCUGAUUUUUAAAGCGCAGUAUUGGGCAUACAUCCUGAUUUUUAAAGCGCAGUAUCGGGCAUACAUCCUGAUUUUUAAAGUGCAGUGAUGAAUACCUCUCACUGAAAUCAUGAACCUAAUUUUUAAUUGGGUGACAAUUUGACUUACAAAAUACAAUUAGGUCGUAAUAUUUGUUUACUCCUACAUCACUUCCAAAAUGUACUUAGAAAAAAAUGUUCUCCCCUAAUUUUUAAAUCAGAAUAACAUGCAUCACGAGACUGACCCUUAUACUUUUAAGCACACUUUGGACAGACUCUCUCAUUACAGAGACUUGUAUAUUAAUUAGAGGAAUGAUUGCAUGUUUGUUAGCUGUUUUGCUAAUAUUUCCAGACAAUGUAACUCUAUGCAUUUUAAAAACAAAAAGCUUUUAUAAAGGGCAACUUUCAUACUUAUGGCAAGCUUAGUGCUCUAUAGUCCAAUCUCAUUUGGGAACCAGUGGGGGGGUAUCUAGGAGAAGGUUUUCCAUGCUGCCUUUAGGCACUUUCUAUACACAACUCUGCUAGAGUCAUGUGUCGAACCUCGAGACCCCUUGAUAGGUAGCCAAGCCAAGCUUGAGCAUACUUAGCCUCUCUCCCACAAAGCCAUUGUUAAAGCCUUACCUUGACUCCUACAUUGGGAUGCUAAGUUUGAAAUGUUUGUAUUAAUGACUAAAAGAUUUUUAACAAACAGGCACAAAAAAAAAAGCUUUUGGUUUCACAAGAUUAUUUGGUUUUAAAGUUGUCAUGAAAAUGUCAGAGGUUGCAAAACUUGUGUGCCUUAAAGUGUUUUAGUUGAUUUUUUUUUAAUAUUUUGAACAAUAGGAAUGUUUUUUUUUUUUGUUUUUUUUCAAUUAAGUUUUCCAAUAAACUUUAUUAAAAACUUUAUUUUGUACACCAGAUACACCAAACAGUUGCUAUUCAUGGGUUUUCUAUUGUAUGAAAAUGUCCAAUAAUUAAAACUGCCUUUUACAUUUUUUUUUCCUUUUGGUGAAUUAGUAUUUAUAUCUAAUCUAUGGUAGUGACCUCCCUUGGCACCACGUCUGCUCAUUUUUCCAGUGAAUGGAUAUUACUAACCCUGCUGGCAUGAAGAGGUUUAUUCAUUGUUUUCAUGAAAGAUAGUGUGCUCAAUAAUAUUAGAAAAGUAUUUUUGAAACUUCCCUCUAUAGUGAUUUUUGGGAUAGUCCCCAAAAAAGUUAGUUUUAGUCCCCCAUUUAUUAUGUAUUCAAUGAAAUCCAAACAAAAUAUACCUAUUUAUGUAUUACUUAUGUAGUUUCAUGUUUCUAUAUUACAAUGCACUUCUGAUGACAAUAUUUCUACCUUUAACCAGGAGUCUAAUUCCAAAUAUUUUUUUUUAUUAGAUAAAAACUGGACAAACUUUUUAGUAUUCCAUUUUUUUAAAAAGAAAUUUGCUAUCAUUUAUUUCUUUUACCAAAACAAAAUGCUUUAUAUACCUUUUUUUUUUUCAAUAUAUAUUUUUUCUUUGUUUUAUAUCUUGACUAUUUGAAAUAGUCCAUGUUUUAAUAGUAAGAUGUUUGUAGGUAUUUAUGUUUUAAUUAAUGUAUUUUUUUUUUAUUUGAUGUAUAUUUAUGUUUUAAUGAAAUCCAGUAUUUUUUUUUAAGUUUAAGGGGGAUGCACAGUGAGAAAACAUAGAUCUAGGUCAAAAAUAUCGAUAUUUUAAAAUUAAUUGAUUUUAAUAGUUUAAAAUGUCUAGAAUACGAAUUCCCUAUCAGAAUACUUAAAAAAAUACGUUUUAUACAUCAAUUUUGUAUUUUAAAUGUAGAUAUAUAAGCAAAAUUUUGAUGUUUUGGUGAAAAAUCAACAUUUUGUAAGCUAUAGUUGAUAAGCUAAUGUACGCUCUCAUCCCUAACAGAUGGUAUCGAUACAAAGGUCUACUUUUCUAGUUCCGAUUAUGUGCAUGGUUUCUCAUUCUAUAAAUAAAUAGUACUGCAAUAAACUUUCAAAAUACGUCACUACCUCUUUUUUUUCCCUAUAUCCUCAUAU